CGCGAUGGCUGCUGUAUAUGCAUAGAACAUGUUAUUACUACCAUUACAAUGUCUCUAUUUACUAACAUUUUGGCCGUGUCUACGUGCAGGGGCGGUAGGGCAGUCGCCUGGCGCACUCACGGUUGGCGUGUGUUGCGUGCCCCGGCCCUGCCCACCGUCGCGCUCACUCGCUGUUCACUCACGCGCCCGCCUUCUGUUCGUCGGCCGUGCUUGCGUGCUGGGCAUUCGCCCUGCACGCUCGCGGUCGCCGUGCGUGUAAUGCUC